AUGAGCGAAUCUCACCUGGUCUACAACGUGAUGUCACUUCUAUGGAAGGUGAUCCAGUUAGAGACUUCAAUGGGGAGUGUUAAAUUUGCAUCUAUGGUUGCUGCCCUACUUGGUAUGUCUCAGGGCAUCCCGCUGAUACUAGCCAAAUCUCUGUUACUGCUUUUUGACCAUGAGAGAGCUUACUACCAUGAAUAUUCUGUCGGAUUUUCCGGUGUUCUAUUUGCCAUGAAAGUUGUCCUCAAUUUCCAAUCAGAUAACUACACUUCUGUCCAUGGACUUGGGCUACCAUCACGUCAUGCUGCUUGGGCUGAACUGAUUCUCAUCCAAAUGUUCGUGCCUGGUGUUUCUUUUCUUGGUCACCUUGGUGGAAUACUUGCUGGCAUUCUCUAUCUACGUUUGAAAGCUUCCUAUUCGGGGGGAACUGUUGGUGGGAGUCAUACUAGAAGUGCAACUGGCGUGUGGAGAUGCCGAGCAUGUACAUUUGACAACUCUGACCGUUUUGAUGAUGGACAGUCGUCCCCUGGAUCAUCAAAUCAGACUCACGACCUUCCUAUGGAAGAAUUAUGGCGUCGGAGAGUUCAAAGAUUCGGUAGAUGA